AUGCGAUCAAUAAUUAGCGCCCAUCAGUUUGACGGUGAGGCCCAAUUUUGGCAGAACUCUUGCAUGAAGCAGGUAGUAGAACUGAGUCAUACGAAGACAGUUCUUUGCCAAGCCUUGGGCGUCGAAUUUCAGGCCAUACAUCGCGUGCGGAUUGAUUUGACAAUAUGGGUUGAGGACAACAUGUACCUGGGCCCUGGGUCAUAUGCAUGA